GAAUCUUAAAGUCGAAGUUAGGGUCAGCUGUGAUCGCACCACUGCCCUCCAGCUUGGGCAACAAACCAAGACUCUGUGUCAACAAAACAGAAAAAAAAUCGUUUGUGUCACCUGAUCCGAAGAAGGGAGGGAGUCUGGUGAGAGGGAAAGAGGGAGCAAGGCUGCAGGUCAGGAGUCACCAGGGACAGGUUAUCUAAGCUCUCAGUCCAGUGCCAUUGUGCAUAUAUCUUCCACCUACCCCUAGCCUCAGGAAAAUGGCUCCUCACUUUACCCAAAGUAGAUGGGGUCUUCCUGCAAGAGGAAUACACCCAUACCAUUUCCCUCCCUUCAAACGACCAUACUGACCCAUGGUAUGGUUAGUAUUUGGGUUGCAGGUUUAUCACAUAGCGAGGUACUCCUUUCUUUGUGAUGGCUCUAACCUUGAUAACUACCUGUUUUCCUGGGCUGCUUCCGGGACCCAUCUUUCUGAGCCUUUCUUUCUUUUUCAUCGUCGAAGUCCAAGACCAGUGUGACAGUACAAGGUUAUAUAAUAAUUGAUACCUAGGAAAACAGACUGCCGUAUUCUGAUCUAUUAAAAUUCCUGAUUUAGGAAUACCGUCUAGGAUUUAAGAGAAACAUCUAAUGAAUGUUAAUAAUGACGAUAAGUGGUUUUCUAAGAACCCAUGAAGUAAAAGGCUUUAAAAGGGUGACAAGAUUCUCACUGUGCAACUCAGUAACGAUUUGUGAGGCUCAACGAAAUUCCUACCCAAAUUAUUUGCAAUUAUUAAACAGAAAGAAUGAAAAAUGACCUUGAAUUACAGGGCGAAAGAUAAGACUGUUAAGACUGUCUUCGUAACUAAGCACUGUAAAGACUGAGGCAGCUGCAAGGGAAAGUUUUCCUCGAGCUCUUCCGGUCAAUUUUGGGAAAAGGGAUUGAAUGUCUGAGGUCUCUUCCAGCUCUGAAACCGCAGUGUUUCGUACAGUGUUCAUUUUUUUUUUUUUAUGGGAGGGGUCUCGGGGUCUUGCUCUGUCGCCCGGUCGGGAGGCUUGAGUACAGUGGCGCGACACGAUUACGGCUCACGGCUGCCUCGAACUCCUGGGCUCAAGCGAUGCUCCCGCCUCAGCCUCCAGAGUUGCUGGGACUCAGUGUCUGUUCUUAACUCCCCUCGUAGAAUCCACUUUCCUCCAGGGCAAAGUUACUCACUUAAGGACCUUACGGCUCGGCUCGGGGAUUUCCUGGGUCACCACGCAGGCGGCUUCAGGGCCCAACCGUGUCUCCUCCCCCACCCACAAUGCACCUCGCGGUUCCCUCUAGGUGGCAGCUCUGUCACGUGUCACCCGACGGAGCGCGCUCCUGUUUCGCGCACGCGCAGAGUGCAGCCCCCCCCGCUAUUUUUCUCCGUGGCGGCGGCGACGAGCGGAAGUUCUUGGGAGCGCCAGUUCCGUCUGUGUGUUCGAGUGGACAAAAUGGCGAAGAUCGCCAAGACUCACGAAGAUAUUGAAGCACAGAUUCGAGAAAUUCAAGGCAAGAAGGCAGCUCUUGAUGAAGCUCAAGGAGUGGGCCUCGAUUCUACAGGUUAUUAUGACCAGGAAAUUUAUGGUGGAAGUGACAGCAGAUUUGCUGGAUAUGUGACAUCAAUUGCUGCAACUGAACUUGAAGAUGAUGACGAUGACUAUUCAUCAUCUACGAGUUUGCUUGGUCAGAAGAAGCCAGGAUAUCAUGCCCCUGUGGCAUUGCUUAAUGAUAUACCACAGUCAACAGAACAGUAUGAUCCAUUUGCUGAGCACCGACCUCCAAAGAUUGCAGACCGGGAAGAUGAAUACAAAAAGCAUAGGCGGACCAUGAUAAUUUCCCCAGAGCGUCUUGAUCCUUUUGCAGAUGGAGGGAAGACCCCUGAUCCUAAAAUGAAUGCUAGGACUUACAUGGAUGUAAUGCGAGAACAACACUUGACUAAAGAAGAACGAGAAAUUAGGCAACAGCUAGCAGAAAAAGCUAAAGCUGGAGAACUAAAAGUCGUCAAUGGAGCAGCAGCGUCCCAGCCUCCAUCAAAACGAAAACGGCGUUGGGAUCAAACAGCUGAUCAGACUCCUGGUGCCACUCCCAAAAAACUAUCAAGUUGGGAUCAGGCAGAGACCCCUGGGCAUACUCCUUCCUUAAGAUGGGAUGAGACACCAGGUCGUGCAAAGGGAAGUGAGACUCCUGGAGCAACCCCAGGCUCAAAAAUAUGGGAUCCUACACCUAGCCACACACCAGCGGGAGCUGCUACUCCUGGACGAGGCGAUACACCAGGCCAUGCGACACCAGGCCAUGGAGGCGCAACUUCCAGUGCUCGUAAAAACAGAUGGGAUGAAACCCCCAAAACGGAGAGAGAUACUCCUGGGCAUGGAAGUGGAUGGGCUGAGACUCCUCGAACAGAUCGAGGUGGAGAUUCUAUUGGUGAAACACCGACUCCUGGAGCCAGUAAAAGAAAAUCACGGUGGGAUGAAACACCAGCUAGUCAGAUGGGUGGAAGCACUCCAGUUCUGACCCCUGGAAAGACACCAAUUGGCACACCAGCCAUGAACAUGGCUACCCCUACUCCAGGUCACAUAAUGAGUAUGACUCCUGAACAGCUUCAGGCUUGGCGGUGGGAAAGAGAAAUUGAUGAGAGAAAUCGCCCACUUUCCGAUGAGGAAUUAGAUGCUAUGUUCCCAGAAGGAUAUAAGGUACUUCCUCCUCCAGCUGGUUAUGUUCCUAUUCGAACUCCAGCUCGAAAGCUGACAGCUACUCCAACACCUUUGGGUGGUAUGACUGGUUUCCACAUGCAAACUGAAGAUCGAACUAUGAAAAGUGUUAAUGACCAGCCAUCUGGAAAUCUUCCAUUUUUAAAACCUGAUGAUAUUCAGUACUUUGAUAAACUAUUGGUUGAUGUUGAUGAAUCAACACUUAGUCCAGAAGAGCAAAAAGAGAGAAAAAUAAUGAAGUUGCUUUUAAAAAUUAAGAAUGGAACACCACCAAUGAGAAAGGCUGCAUUGCGUCAGAUUACUGAUAAAGCUCGUGAAUUUGGAGCUGGUCCUUUGUUUAAUCAGAUUCUUCCUUUACUGAUGUCUCCUACACUUGAGGAUCAAGAGCGUCAUUUACUUGUGAAAGUUAUUGAUAGGAUACUGUACAAACUUGAUGACUUAGUUCGUCCAUAUGUGCAUAAGAUCCUUGUGGUCAUUGAACCGCUAUUGAUUGAUGAAGAUUACUAUGCUAGAGUGGAAGGUCGAGAGAUCAUUUCUAAUUUGGCAAAGGCUGCUGGUCUGGCUACUAUGAUCUCUACCAUGAGACCUGAUAUAGAUAACAUGGAUGAGUAUGUCCGUAACACAACAGCUAGAGCUUUUGCUGUUGUAGCCUCUGCCCUGGGCAUUCCUUCUUUAUUGCCCUUCUUAAAAGCUGUGUGCAAAAGCAAGAAGUCCUGGCAAGCGAGACACACUGGUAUUAAGAUUGUACAACAGAUAGCUAUUCUUAUGGGCUGUGCCAUCUUGCCACAUCUUAGAAGUUUAGUUGAAAUCAUUGAACAUGGUCUUGUGGAUGAGCAGCAGAAAGUUCGGACCAUCAGUGCUUUGGCCAUUGCUGCCUUGGCUGAAGCAGCAACUCCUUAUGGUAUCGAAUCUUUUGAUUCUGUGUUAAAGCCUUUAUGGAAGGGUAUCCGCCAACACAGAGGAAAGGGUUUGGCUGCUUUCUUGAAGGCUAUUGGGUAUCUUAUUCCUCUUAUGGAUGCAGAAUAUGCCAACUACUAUACUAGAGAAGUGAUGUUAAUCCUUAUUCGAGAAUUCCAAUCUCCUGAUGAGGAAAUGAAGAAAAUUGUGCUGAAGGUGGUAAAACAGUGUUGUGGGACAGAUGGUGUAGAAGCAAACUACAUUAAAACAGAGAUUCUUCCUCCCUUUUUUAAACACUUCUGGCAGCACAGGAUGGCUUUGGAUAGAAGAAAUUACCGACAGUUAGUUGAUACUACUGUGGAGUUGGCGAACAAAGUAGGUGCAGCAGAAAUUAUAUCCAGGAUUGUGGAUGAUCUGAAAGAUGAAGCUGAACAGUACAGAAAAAUGGUGAUGGAGACAAUUGAGAAAAUUAUGGGCAAUUUGGGAGCAGCAGAUAUUGAUCAUAAACUUGAAGAACAACUGAUUGAUGGUAUUCUUUAUGCUUUCCAAGAACAGACUACAGAGGACUCAGUAAUGUUGAACGGCUUUGGCACAGUGGUUAAUGCUCUUGGUAAACGAGUCAAACCAUACUUGCCUCAGAUCUGUGGUACAGUUUUGUGGCGUUUAAAUAACAAAUCUGCAAAAGUUAGGCAACAGGCAGCUGACUUGAUUUCUCGAACUGCUGUUGUCAUGAAGACUUGUCAAGAGGAAAAAUUGAUGGGACACUUGGGUGUUGUAUUGUAUGAGUAUUUGGGUGAAGAGUACCCUGAAGUAUUGGGCAGCAUUCUUGGAGCACUGAAGGCCAUUGUAAAUGUCAUAGGUAUGCAUAAGAUGACUCCACCAAUUAAAGAUCUGCUGCCUAGACUCACCCCCAUCUUAAAGAACAGACAUGAAAAAGUACAAGAGAAUUGUAUUGAUCUUGUUGGUCGUAUUGCCGACAGGGGAGCUGAAUAUGUAUCUGCAAGAGAAUGGAUGAGGAUUUGCUUUGAGCUUUUAGAGCUCUUAAAAGCCCACAAAAAGGCUAUUCGUAGAGCCACAGUCAACACAUUUGGUUAUAUUGCAAAGGCCAUUGGCCCUCAUGAUGUAUUGGCUACACUUCUAAACAACCUCAAAGUUCAAGAAAGGCAGAACAGAGUUUGUACCACUGUAGCAAUAGCUAUUGUUGCAGAAACAUGUUCACCCUUCACAGUACUCCCUGCCUUAAUGAAUGAAUACAGAGUUCCUGAACUGAAUGUUCAAAAUGGAGUGUUAAAAUCGCUUUCCUUCUUGUUUGAAUAUAUUGGUGAAAUGGGAAAAGACUACAUUUAUGCCGUAACACCGUUACUUGAAGAUGCUUUAAUGGAUAGAGACCUUGUACACAGACAGACGGCUAGUGCAGUGGUACAGCACAUGUCACUUGGGGUUUAUGGAUUUGGUUGUGAAGAUUCGCUGAAUCACUUGUUGAACUAUGUAUGGCCCAAUGUGUUUGAGACAUCUCCUCAUGUAAUUCAGGCAGUUAUGGGAGCCCUAGAGGGCCUGAGAGUUGCUAUUGGACCAUGUAGAAUGUUGCAAUAUUGUUUACAGGGUCUGUUUCACCCAGCCCGGAAAGUCAGAGAUGUAUAUUGGAAAAUUUACAACUCCAUCUACAUUGGUUCCCAGGACGCUCUCAUAGCACAUUACCCAAGAAUCUACAACGAUGAUAAGAACACCUAUAUUCGUUAUGAACUCGACUAUAUCUUAUAAUUUUAUUGUUUAUUUUGUGUUUAAUGCACAGCUACUUCACACCUUAAACUUGCUUUGAUUUGGUGAUGUAAACUUUUAAACAUUGCAGAUCAGUGUAGAACUGGUCAUAGAGGAAGAGCUAGAAAUCCAGUAGCAUGAUUUUUAAAUAACCUGUCUUUGUUUUUGAUGUUAAACAGUAAAUGCCAGUAGUGACCAAGAACACAGUGAUUACAUACACUAUACUGGAGGGAUUUCAUUUUUAAUUCAUCUUUAUGAAGAUUUAGAACUCAUUCCUUGUGUUUAAAGGGAAUGUUUAAUUGAGAAAUAAACAUUUGUGUACAAAAUGCUAA